CCCCCCCUGAUGUCAAACAAUGAAAAAAGAUUCAUAACAUACAACACCAUCUCUUGGAAACGCAAAAUGGUUUGGUGCGAUAUAUGCCAGCAGAAUAUUUCGGGAAACAUUUACAAGCACAAAAGAGUUGAGCUUAGUUGGGAUCGAGGUGGUAUUAAAUUGAUUAAACAGGAAGAUAAAACUCUGAUCGAAGCUAUACAAAACGAAAAAACAUUCGUUGGACCUUCGCUGUUAUAUUUGAAACGUCUCGCAAAUUAUGCGGUAACACAAAAUUUUCAAGCCACAUUUUUUGGAGUCGACUCCAAGCAAUGCCAAGCAAUCCCAAUUUGAAGAUAAUUCUAAUGUCAGCAACGCUAAACAGCGAAAAAUUCAGUAGAUAUUUCAAUGGUUGUCCGAUUAUCGAUGUGCCUGGACGUACUUUUGAUGUUCAAACUAUGCAUCUCGAAGAAGUAUUAAUCAAAACAGAAUACAAAACGAGCAAAAUGGCCACAUAUUUGGAAGAGAAUCAAGUAUCGCAAAUUCGGCGUAUAAAAGAUGAAGACAUGCCGCGAUCAUAUCGCUUAAUGUGCGACAGUCGCCUGGAUUCUUAUAUUUUGCGAAAAGAUUGUGAAUCAUUUGAAAACGUUUUUUCUCUCAUUGAAGGCGACUACAUGCCGGCCAAUUAUGUUCAUCGUACAAAGCAACGCACCGUGUUGGGAAUUGCUGCGGAAAAUGGUUCACUGAAUAUGAUGUUAAAGCUUUUGGCUUUUGAUGAAAGUGCGACCUUUAAAGAUCCAUUUGGUAAAAGCGCAAUUGAUUAUGCGAAAGAAAAUAAACAAGAGGAAUGUUGUGAGGGUUGUGAGCUCUUAAUGUGUUAUGAACGUGUGACAUCCACCACAACAUGGAAAAAUUACGUGGAAAUUGGAAGAGCGUAUCGAUCAACACAAGGCACACAAAAUAUUAUUGAUCACAACUUACUUUUUCAUGUCAUUGAUCAUAUCCAUGAAAAUACGUCAAAAAAUGGCGCUAUUCUUGUAUUUUUGCCCAGCUACGACGAUAUAUGCGAACAACAUGAAAAGUUAGUAAGCGUACAUGGAUUACAGGAUUGGGGUUAUAAGAUUUUUGCGCUGCAUAGCGAACUAAAUGAUGAAAACAAUGAGGGUCAUGCUCAUGUCUUUGAUCGCAUGGAAAAUGGCGUUCGAAAAAUAAUAUUAUCUACAAAUAUUGCAGAAACAGCACUUACAAUAGAUGAUGUCGUCUACGUUGCAAGCGAAAAUAUUACAAAUUUGGGUAAACACGGUAAACAUUUGGUAAACAUGCCAAUCGAUUGUCAAUUGAGUAAGACACUCUUCUACGCAAUUAUUUUGCGAUGUUUGGAUCCCAUUGUUAUGAUUUCCAGUGCACUGUCGGUGAAAGAUUUAUUCGUACUUUCAUUUGAAAAUACACAGGAAGUGACUGAAAAAAUCAAUGAAACAAAAAAUCGAUUCGCAGAAAAUAAAUAUAGCGACCAUCAACUGUAUUUCAAUAUAAUUCAAAAUUGGUCGAAACAAUUACGGGAACAUCAACGAAAAUUUUGUGUCGAGAAUUACAUUUCACAAGGUAACAUGUUAAAAGCCGAAGGCAUUCGACGUUUAAUCUUCGACUACAUAUGCAAAUCUGGUAUGAUUUCGCAAUCAAUGCGUGAAUUGAACGAAAAUUCCAGCAAUUGGAAUGUGGUGAACGCAUGCAUCAUGGCUGGGUUUUAUCCUAACCAUAUUGUGAAUAAUGGGAACAGCAUUGGAAAUACCCAUCCACAUCCGUCAUCUGUUGUGUCACAAGCUAGCCUAAAUCAACCUGGACUUGUGGUAUUUGAACAAAAACAAAAACGAAAGAACGGCAACUUUGUUCUGAAAAAUAUUUCAGUUUUACCAUCGGAAGCUGAAAGUUUGUUACCAAAAUUGGAAGAACUUUUAUGCCAAUUUGUUCGUUAUUGAUACAAAAAAAAUUCAUAUUAUCGUUCCAACUUAUUUUUUAUAUUUACCAUAAUUUUAAUACCGAUCAUUCAUUUAUUAUUAGUCAAUAGUAAUAGUUUCGUUUCAUUUUCUGCGCAAUGAAUGCGAUAUAAUAAGAAAAUUACACAAAUUGCCUUAGUUAUAAU